UAACGGGCGGAAGCGAGUCCGGGCGGAAGCGGGUUCGGGCGGAAGUGAGUCCGAACGGAAGUGAAUCCGGGCGGAAGCGGGUCCGUCCCGAAUUGUGUCCCCCGCAGCCGGAUGCGCAGGGCCUGGCGGAGCGGCGGGAUGGAGGCCGCCGGUCACGGGCAGGAGGCCGAGGCAGGCGGCCAUGGCGGCCACAAGAAGAAACACAAGAAACACAAGAAAAAACACAAGAAGCGGCACCACCACGAGGCGGGGCCGCCCCCGGGUCCCGAACCCCCUCGGCAGCCCCGGCUGCGGCUCCGGAUUAAGCUGGGAGGGCAGAUCCUGGGCACCAAGAGCGUCCCCACGUUCACGGUGGUCCCCGAAGGGCCGCACUCGCCGUCCCCCUCCCCUCUGCUGGGAGGUGAUGAGGAGGAGCCCAGCGAGGGGGUCCCCAUCGAGCAGUACCGGGCCUGGCUGGAUGAGGACAGCAACCUGGCCCCCUCCCCACUGCCCGAGCUGGACCCCGAGAGCUGCUUCCCUGCCCGCGAGGAGGAGGAGGAGGAGGAAGAGGAGGAGGAAGAGGAGGAGGAGGAGCGGCGCUGGCUGGCGGCCCUGGAGAGGGGGGAGCUGGACGACAACGGCGACAUCAAGAGGGAGGUGGACGAGUCCCUCCUGACAGCCCGGCAGCGCGCGCUGCUGCACAAGCAGCAGAGCCAGCCCCUGCUGCAGCUGCCCAUGGGCGCCAAGGCCAAGGAGGUGACGGAGGAGAUGCGGGAGAAGCGGGAGGAGCGGGCGCGGCGCCGGCGGCUCCAGGCCGCCCGCAAGGCCGAGGAGAGCAAGAACCAAACCAUCGAGCGCCUGACGCGCACGCACAAGGCCAAGGUGAGGGCCCUGCGCGAGCGCCGCGCCCGCCCCGCGCCCUGCCCCGUCGUGCACUACCGCAGCGCCGCCGACGGCGUCACCGUCUCCUUCCCCGCCGGGCUGCCGCUGCCGCUGCCCGCCGCCGCCGCCCCGCCCGUGCCCCCCGCGCAGCCCUGCGCCGUGCCCGGCUGCACCAACCCCAAACGCUACAGCUGCGCCCGCACCGGCCGCCCGCUCUGCAGCCUGGGCUGCUACCAGCGCAACCUGCAGCUGCUGCAGAGCCAGGGGUGACCCCCCCGCUCCUCCCAGAGGGGGCUGUGGGCUCUCUUCCAGGGCUGGAGACCCCCUCCAGGGGAUGCAGACCCUCUCCAGGGGAUACAGACCCUCUCCAGGGGAUGCAGACCCUCUCCAGGGGAUACAGACCCUCUCCAGGGGAUGCAGACCCUCUCCAGGGGAUGCAGACCCUCUCGGGGGGCUACGGAUCCUCUGCUGUGGAUGCAAAGAGCCAGAUCACCAACCCGUAUGGAAAUGGGGAGUUACAGAGGGGUCUGGGUCAUCCACAUGGACACCGAGGGCCAGAAGAGGAAUCUGUGGAUCUCCACUGUGGACUUGGAGACUCCAGACCUUCCACGUGGACCCAAGAGGCCAGAACAGGGCACUUCAAACCCUCUGCUGCGGACACAGAGGUUCUGAACAUUCCACGUGGACACAAAGGGAUCUGGAUGGCUGCAGUUCCUUAUGGACACCGAUGGAUAUGGCCAGCCAGGACGUGGAGCUCCAGAGGGCUCCAGCCUCUCCACCGUGGACACAGAGGCUUGGGGACGCCGUCAGGGGCUGAGGGGGGUGCUGAGGGGAUAAAGAGGUGCCCGGAAAGGACGGGUCCUGCUGGCACGAAGCUGAUUAAAGGCUGUUGUUGAA